CCACAGUGUUGUGUAAUCAGUAAUGGACGUUCCCAUUUCAGAUUAGCAUACAGUAUCUCCACACCAACUCAACCAGCCACACCAGGCCCUUCAGUGCUAUUGCUGAACUCAUAGUCAACGGAUACGACCACCAUGUCAAUGCCAACCAGAUAUGGAUCGAUAAGACUCAGAUCAAAGACAAGGAGUGUCUAACAUUCAUGGACAACGGAAACGGAUUUAGCCCUGAUUUGAUGCAGCGGAAGCUCAGCGACAAAAAAGCAGUGAACGGCGAACAUCCCAACGGUUUCAAGUCUGGCUUAAUGCGUCUGGGCCAGGAUGCCAUAAUUUUAUCCAAAUCAAAGAAUGUCCUGUGUGUUGGCAUGCUGUCACAGAUUUACCUGGAGAAGAUCGGAGCCAAGCACAUUUUUGUGCCUAUCAUCAGCUUUAAUAAACAAGAAGCAAAUAAGUUCAGUGGGAGUGAGAUGUGGCAGAACCGGGCCAGUCUGAGGGACAUACUGGACCACUCACCCUUCAACACUGAGGAAGAGCUGCUCACUGAGCUCCAAGCUAUCGAGGGCCCCACCGGGACCAAGAUCAUCAUCUGGAACCUCUGCAGGACAUCUGAAGGGAAAAUGGAGUUGGAUUUCACCGCAGAGAAUGAUAUCCGCAUUAUCUGUAAUGGCUCAGGCACUUCAGUCCCUGAGAUUCACUCCUCCUUGCGUGCAUACUGCAGCAUCCUCUACUUGAGGCCCUCUAUGCAGAUCAACAUUCGAGGAAAGAAGGUGGAGGAUCGUCCCAUCUACGAGAGCCUUGACUAUAUCGACAGAUCGUACAGCUACAAACCCCUAACUCUGGAAAGAAUCCCCAUCAUCUUUGGGAACAACAAGAGCAAAGAGCAUUAUGGCCUCAUGAUGUACCACAACAACAGACUCAUCAAGGCGUAUAAACGUGUCACUACACAGAUGACAAGCAUCGGAGUCAUUGGUGUGAUUGAGUGUAAUCAUCUGUCACCAACUCCCAACAAACAGGACUUUGAUAACGAUGACGCUUACAAGAAAACUAUCAAAAGUAUGGCAGAAAAGUUAAGGAACUACAGUGAAAAAAUAAGUAAGAACGUCGGUGAUAACAACAGCAACAACAACAGUGAUAACAAUAACGUACCCAUUGAGGAGCCAAAGUGAGUCCACAAUCACAGCGUUUUGAGUGGUUUAGGUAUCGUCAUCAUACAAGUUCCCUGUAUGAUCUUUAAUGGCUACAGCUAAAUGUGUCUCAUAUUAACUGUUUGAAGUUUAUUCAAUCACUGCAGCCACAUACUGUGAUACUUGUGGUUUUGUCAGGUGAAACCUGACAAACUUAACAAAGUUAUUAGUACUGCCUCCAUUCAGAAUAGGACAGGACACCUGUAUGUGGUCUUUUACGGACAUACAGAAAACUGGUCAUUGGCUGACCUUGGCGUUUCUGACCAUUUUUUAUGUGGACAGUAACGAGAGGAAUGAUGAGCAUGGUGAAUCUGAAGAG